CCCAGCACUUCAUCGCGGCGACGGCGUGCCAGGAGGCAGACUACGGCUGGAUGAUCCGGCACUACUGCCUGAAGCAGUUCCAGCUCAGCAUGGAGGGCAUCGGGCAGCGGCUCUGGUGCGACUGGGAUGAGACUGUGGGCACCUAUGGAGAGCUGACGAACUGCACGGUGCUCAUCGCCGAGAGACUCGACUGCUUGCCCAACAGGCUGGUGGACGAGUUCUUUGUGGCUGUGCACAAACAGUACUUCAGGAACUGCUCCCCGUCCGGCCGAGCGCUGCACGACCCUCCCAACAGCAUCCUCUGCCCCUUCAUCCUGCUGCCCGUCCUCGUCACCCUG